UCUCCAUUUCUUCGCCUUUCUUCACCCUUUUUAUCUCUUUCUUCAUCUUAAUCCAUUUGAAAUUCUCUCUUUGUUUAUUGAGUUUAUUUUUUAUCCUUCCCAUUGUAUCCAUCCUUCAUUGUUACCCAAAUUAAUUUGAAAGAAGGACAUCCAUUGUAGACGAGUCAUGAGGUUUAAUAUGUUAUGUGGUUGUGGGCAGUCUGCUUCUUUGAGAACAUCAACGACAAAUGCUAACCCAGGAAGACGUUUUUUUGGAUGCAAGUACUAUGGGGAUAAGGAUCGUGUGGCUUGUGGAUUUUUCCAGUGGUAUGAUCCGGAAUUUCCUGACCAAUCGAAAGAGAUAAUUCUUGGCUUACAGAAGGAUAAAAUGGAACUUGAGGUUGAAUUGAAGAAGAAGAAGAAGAAGAAGAAGUAAAGGAAAAAUACAUAAGUACCCCCUUGACUUAUACCCGGAUUCCCAACUACAC